AUGUCGACCCAAUCUCUCCCUAUCACUCCAGGCGCCUUUGCUGAAGCAAUUAAAGAGCUUCCCCUUGCAGUCCUAUACAGCAAAGUCUCCGAGAUCACAAACUCCAUCGCACACCUGAAGCGAUCUAAUGAUGAGAUUCGUGCAUACAUAGCAGAAAGCAACGAUUCAGAGGAAGACAAGAAGGACCUGGAGUGUCAUGCCACUGAAAAUGAGGCCGUGAUGGUGUCCAUGAAUGAGCGGAUCAUGUUACUGAAGACCGAGGUCGAGAAUCGUGGACAGCCUUGGAUUGAGCUUGAUGAGCUUAAGACCGACAAGGAACAGGACACUCUGGCAGAUGUACCAGUGACAAAUGGAAAUGCGACUGAGACUGGAGCUGGAGCUGGGGCUGGAGCUGACGCCGGUGCAGGAGAGGAGUCCAAUGAUGGGGGAGAUCAGGAUGGGGUCCAUCUGUGA